AUGUACUUCAUCCUAGCCCUACUGUUAUCGAGAAUCACCCAAGGAUGUGACAAAAAACACCACUUUCGGCACCACAACCGCCAUCUAUACCAUCGCGAUACGGCCCCUAUCUUCCCACCAAUUCUGACCCCACAGGAACAGAUUCUGGUUUCGUCUUUCGAUAACACAUCGAUAGCAUCUUGGUCAAGCUACUAUUCACACAAGCGGAAUCUCGCAGGAGAAAGCAGCACAGUACCAGAAUGGACAGCUUCGAAAUGGACCGAGUAUGGUUUUGACACUAGACUCGAUAGCUAUUACGUCUACCUAAACUACCCCAUCCACCAAUCCCUCACACUCAAAUACUCCAACGGAACCACUUACAACCUCACUCUCGAAGAACCCAUCCUCGAAGAAGACCCUACAACCAACUCUCCAAACCGCAUCCCCGCAUUCCACGGCUACUCUGCUUCAGGAAACGUAUCAGCGCCGUACAUCUACAUUGGCCGCGCCACAACCCAAGAUCUCGAGCAUCUCAUCACACUCAACAUCUCCCUCGCCGGUAAAAUCGGCCUAGCCAAACACGGCGGCCCCUUCCGCGGCACCAAACUCCGCAACGCUCAAUCCUUCGGACUCACCGGCCUCCUCCUCUUCACCGAUCCAUCCGAUGACAAAGAAAUGGCGCCACCAACCUACGCACCGUAUCCUGCAGGACCAGCGCGUAACCCGUGGAGUAUACAGCGCGGUAGCGUGUUGGAUCUGAGCAAGUAUCCUGGGGAUCCGACGACGCUGGGGUAUGCUUCGAAGGAGGGUGUGGAGAGGAGGGGGAUGGAGAGUUUGCCAGGGAUACCGAGUUUGCCUUUGUCGUGGGGAGAGGCGAGGGGUUUGUUGGAGGGGUUGGAGGGGUGGGGAGUUGAUGAGGGUGGUGGUGGGUAUUAUAGUGGGCCGUCUGAUGCGGUGCUUGAGAUGAGGAAUGAGAUGAAAGGGGGUAUUGAGUGGAUUCAUAACGCGGUUGGUGUUGUGAAUGGGACGGAGGGGGGUGAGGUUGUUGUUGUGGGGAAUCAUCAUGAUGCUUGGAUGGUUGGGGGUGCUGCGGAUCCGCAUUCUGGUUCAGCGAUUUUGAUUGAGUUGGCGAGGGCGAUUGGUGAGCUCUUGGAGACCGGGUGGAGGCCGAAACGAACGAUUGUUCUUUGUAGUUGGGACGCUGAGGAGUAUGGGUUGGUGGGAAGCACCGAAUGGGUUGAGGAAUACACUCCCUGGCUCAAAGCGUCCGCUGUAUCUUACCUAAACAUCGACGUUGGAGUCUCUGGCACCAUCCCCGACUUCAAUGCUUCUCCCGACCUCCACUCCCUCAUAACCUCAACUGCGCAGAAGGUCAUAUGGCCCCACGGCGAAAAUCGUACAAUCUACGAUGUCUGGGAAGAAAUUUCUGGUGAAAUUGAUCUUCUAGGUGCACAAAGCGACUACACAGCGUUUGUACAUCGCGGGGGCAUGUCUGCCAUGGACAUCGGCACUACACGAGCACCCCUGGAUCCAAUUUAUCACACACACUCCAACUUUGAUAGCUAUUACUGGAUGACUAAGUUCGCUGAUCCAGGAUUCGCAAUGCAUAAGGCGAUUGGUCAGUUUCUGACCUUGAUGCUGUUUCAUCUGGUAAACGACGAUGUUGUGCCGCUUGAGCCGGCCAACUAUGGUAUAGAGAUGCAGGCGUGGCUUGAAGAUCUCCGCAAGCUUGUAUCAUCUACAAAUGGAACGGCGGCAGUAAUAGUCGAGCAGCUUGAAGAUACCAUUACGGCAUUUGAAGAAGCAGCACGAUUGUUCAAUGCUAUUCGUGACGCGGCUGUGGUCUCAAACGAUGUACGCCUAAUCAAGGAACUGAAUCGCAAAGCUCGCGAUUUUUCGCGGGAAUUCAUCAACCAAGGCGGACUUCCUGGAAGGCCAUUUUAUCAGCACCUUUUAUUUGCACCAGGAAUAGAUACAGGAUACAGGCCCGUUACUUUUCCUGGAAUUACGGAGGCCGUUUCUGUGGGUAAUUUCACCCUAGCAAAUGAGUACUUGGGCAGGACCAUAAAGGCUGUGCUGGCAGCAGCAAGCAUAUUGGCGGCCUGA